UCCGCACGCGCCAUGCAUAUGACCAACCAGUUGAUCUCAAAUCUACAGCAUGCUUUCAAAGAUCCCUCUCAAGCACUUUUCCUCCCCCCCGUCAUUGGCCCUUCUCAAAUAUCCUCCGAGCCUCACCGUCUUCUCUUAGCACCUUGCCAAGUCAGCCAUUGCCGGGAGCUUUCCUCCGAAUCAAACACCAAGAACACCCGCCCUCCCACCUCCAUCCCGCCCAUCAUGACGACCCCGAACACACCCACCGGUCCAGAUCUCCACCUCGACCCCGGACCCGACCCCGAAUCCGCCUUCCUCCUCUCAGCCUACACCCGCCUCCGCGCCACCGUAACAACCCACACCACCACCCACCCCGUCCUCCCCACCCCCCAAACCCUAACCCAAACCCUCUCCUCCCUCCCCUCCGCCCCCUUUGACCUCCCCCCAUCAACCCCCUCCUCAACCCUCACCCACCUGUUGGAAUCCAUCCUCCCCUCCCUAAACCAGCAAUCAACCUCCCCGUACUACUACGGCUUCGUAACCGGCUCCUGCCUCCCCAUAGCCCAAGCAGCAGACAACCUCGUCACCGCCCUCGACCAGAACGUCCAGGUCCAUUUCCCCCAAUCAUCAUCAUCAUCAUCAUCAGGAUGGGUCCACUCCUCCGCCACCUUUGUCGAGUCAACAACCCUAUCCAUGCUCCUCUCCCUCCUUGACCUGCCACCCUCCCGCUUCCCAGCCAAGACUUUCACCACAGGCGCCACGGGCGCCAACAUCCUCGGUUUGGCCUGCGGGAGGGAAUAUCUCAUCUCCUCCCGCCUCUCUUCCCCUGAAAAAUCCGUGGCCAAGGUAGGCUUGGUCAAAGCUUGUAUUGCCGCUGGGGUGGCAGAUAUCAAGAUUCUGACGUCGAAACCCCAUUCCUCGCUUCUCAAGGCGGCCAAGAUAUUGGGGUUGGGGGAGGAGUGCGUGCUCGAUGUUGGACAAGAUGACAAACCGUGGAGAAUCGACCUCGACAAGUUGGAACCAGCCCUGAAAGAGGCUGAAAAAAACAGCACAGCAUGCAUCAUAGCCAUCUCCUCGGGCGAGGUCAACACCGGCCGGUUCGCCACAGCCAUCUUUGACAUGCCCAAGAUCCGCAGCCUGGCUGACCGUUACAAGGCCUGGAUCCACGUCGACGGCGCCUUUGGCAUCUUUGCCCGGGCUCUGCCCAACACAGACGAGUUUCUUAGUCUGCGUGCCUGUGUCGCGGGCAUGGAAUUGGCGGAUAGUAUCUGCGUGGAUGGGCAUAAACUUCUCAAUGUGCCUUACGACAACGGCAUUUUCUUCUCCCGCCACCCAUCCACCCUCACUCAAGUGUUUAGCAACCCGGGCGCCGCCUACCUGGCUCCCCCGCCAUCCUCCUCUGCUGCCGGUUCCCAAGAAGAUGGGAUCUUCGGCCCUUUGAACAUCGGCCUUGAGAACUCCCGUCGCUUCCGCGCCCUGCCAGUUUAUGCCGUCCUGAAAAGCGAAGGCCGAGAGGGCAUGGAGGCCAUGUUCAGCCGGAUGGUGUUCCUUGCCAGGAAACUCGCCUCUUUUAUCCACAACUCUGAACAUUACGAGAUGCUUCCUGAGACUGAGAAUCAUGUCGAGGAAGACAUCUUCAUGAUUGUGUUAUUCCGGGCGAGAAACGAGGCGCUGAAUAAUGUUCUCGUUGAUCGGAUCAACCAGACGGGCAAGAUGUUUGUGAGCGGGACGCAAUGGCAAGGCAGGAAGGCGGUGAGAAUCGCUGUGUCGACGUGGAGGGUCGAGGUUGAGAGGGACGCAAAGUAUGUAGAGGGCGUCUUGAGAGAAGUCGCCGAGAGUUUUGUCGAGGCGUAAAUGCA